AUGUCUCGCUGCUGGCCGUAUCCCCCGCCGGGGUUCCAGAAGAAGCCUCGGGAUCCGUCUCUAAGCGUUCCUAAGGAGACGAGAUCGGAGGGGAAAGAUAAAGAUCGAGACAAGGAUAAGAAAAAGAAGAAGAAGAAGCGGCAUAGGGAAGGGGGCGAGGGGGAAGACAAGGAGGAGCGGAAGCGGCGCAAGGAGGAGAAGAAGCGUUCUAAGGAGUCAAAAGAGCCCAAGGAAACUAGAGAACCCAAGGAUUCUAAGGAAUCAAAGGAAAAGGAGUCUAAGGAGAAGGAGUCUAAGGAGCACCGGAAGCAGUCGUCUGAAGACUCGGCGCGCAAGGAGAAGGAUGGGAACACGGAGAGGGGGGCGGGCGGGGAGAAGGGGAAGGGCGGGGACACGGAUAAGGGGAAGGGCGGGGAGAAAGAGAAGGGUGAGAAAGGGGAGGGUUUGCGUUUGGAGACGUCUCGGAAAGAGGAGAAGAGCAAGGGAGAGAAGGGUGAGGGUUUGGGUCUUGAGACGUCUCAAGAGGAGGAGAAGGGCAAAGGCAAGGGGGAUGACGGUCAGGGUUCGGGGAAAGAUAAGGGUGAGGGCGAAAAACAGAAGAGUGAAUUGCGGAAAGAUGUGGGGAAGGAGGAGGAGCAACGGGAAAAGGCGAGUGGAGAGGGGAAGGAAGGGAAGGAAGGGAAGGAAGGGAAGGAGGGGAAGGAGGAGAAGGGAAAGGAAGAGAAGAGGAAGGAGGAGAGGAAAGAGGGGAAUAAGGAGGAGAGAAGGAAAGAUGAGAAGAAGAAGGAGGAUAAGCAUAAGGAUGAGAAGAGGAAGGAGGAGCGACACAAAGAGAAGGAGAAGCGGAGGGAGGAGAAGCGGCGAGACGAGAAGCACAGAGACAAGCAUAAAGACAAGAAGCAGGACCGCAAGGCAGUGCCUCAAGGCAUGCCCAACGGGGAGAACGGCAUUCCCCGCGCUCCUGCCCCCCCGGAUACACGUGGCGUUAACGCAUUGGACACACGUGGCACUAAUGCGUUGGAGCCACGUGGCGUUAAUGCAUUGGAUACACGUGGCACCAGCACAGCUGACGCUCGUGCUUCCAGCAAGCAGGAAAAGCAGGAUACACGUGCGUCUCAGCAGCAGGACACACGCCCCUCCGCAACCCUUAACGAACGGAUCUCGAAAUCAACGGACGGCAACGCUCGGGAUCUGAGCUCAGCACCAGGAGCGCCCAAGCCGCUGCACGGGUCAGUCUCAACCCCUGAUCUCCGGACAGGUCAAGAUCAACGGCUGCGAUCGUCCGACAGCCGGGGGCAUCACGAUUUGAAAUCAGAGGACGUGAGACUGGGGAACGGGAAGGGGGAGGAGAGAAGGGAAACUCAGGGGACGGAUAGGGACAGGCAGGAUAGGAGAGAGGGGAAGGGACGGCAGGGAGAAGGUGGGCAGGUCUCCUCAGGUGCUGCUGUGAGAGCAACAUCAGAGCCUUCUAAAUCUGGAGGGAAGCCGGGGUUAGAGGAGCUGAGAGAUCUCCAAUCAGCAAUGGAGUUGAGAGGAACGGGAGCGAAAGGGGCUCCUGCUGCAGCCGCUGCCGCGCCGGGCGUGGGUGGAGUUGGAGAGAAGCGGGCCGGAGUGUCGCCAAGCGAUAAACCUCCGGUGCACGGAGCAGGGAGGCAGAACGGGCGGGUGGGCGACCUGCUGCAGAGCCACAAGCGCAGCCACGGCAGCCAGAGCAGCCAGGGCAGUUUGGGAAGUCAAGGUAGUCAACCCAGUCAAGGCAGUCAUGGCAGUCAGAGGCCCGGGAAGGAGGGACAAGCAGCAGGGCAGGGCACAGGGGAUGGGGAUAAGGGAGGGCAUGGGACUCGUGAGGGUUCGGACCGUCGCCACCACCACCAUCAUCAUCAUCCUUCCCGCCUCGCCUCGUCCUCCUGUGUCUCAGAGCCUGGUGCUGGACCGAGCGCCUCUGCUGCAGCUGCUGCUGCUGCUCUGAAAGGGAUGGGGCGUUCGGCCAGUUUAGGGGCAGGUGGGGGGGGAGGAGCAGCAGGAGCAGCGGCGGCGGCAGCGGCGGCAGCAGCAGGGGCUGGCGAACGGAGAGGAGUGAAGGAGGGAAGGGAGGGGAGGGAGGGGCGAGAGGGUCGGGAGGGGAGGGAGGGGAAGGAAGGGAAGGAAGGGAGGGAGGGGCGGGAGGGAAAGGAGAGGCAGAGGGAGGGGCGUGAGAAGAGGAGGGCGGAGCCUCCAGUGGUGGUGGAUCAGACGUUCCUCGCAUUCGACAACGCCACACACGGGCUUGCUGAGGCGCUGGCUGAGAUGGAAGCCGAAGUGAGCUUUGCUGACUGGCUCAUGCCUGAGCCGGGGGUGGGCGAGAGGGGGGAGGGAGAUUUGGGAGGUGUGGGAGGUGUGGGGGUGAAAGAUGGAGGGGUGAAAGGUGGGGGUUUGGAGGGGAAGGAUGUGGAAGAGAGGAGGGCCCGAGCACAGGAGUGCCUGAACACUGUCCGCGCACUCAACAUGCAAUUCGCCAGUUGGGUGCAGCAGCAGCAGAAGGAGCAUAUUGACGAGCUGUGGAGCGAUGGGGUGCAUGACUACAUUGACCAUGCCACCACCCUCAUGGCCACCUAUAAGGAUGUAGUUGACUGGAUUAAGUCCAAAUCCGCCUCUCCACCGCCUUCCACCGCGCCAACUGCACCUACAACCUCAUUCAACGCCCCUGCAUUCACCACAUCCCCAUUCGCCUUCUCCCCAGCAACCGCAGCAGCACCCACCACUACCACUGCCAACACCACUACCACCAAGACCGCCAACAUCCCCACCAGCUUCACCACUGGCACCACCACUGGCACCAUCAGCACCGCCACUGCUCCCUCCAUUCCCAUGUUCGGGCCUGUAGGAGUCAACAUGUGGUCCCCUCGACCUGGCGCCCCUCCCCCCUUCCCUCCUCCUAGCGGCUUCUUCUCACCUUCCUCCUCCAAUCCCCCCGCUGCUGCUCCUGCUGCCGCUGUCGGCACUGCCAGUUUCGGCCUUGCCUCGUCAUCCCCUCCCACCACUGGCACUGUCAGCUUUGGACUCACGUCCUCUCUUACUGCUCCUGCUGCCGGUUCUCCCCCUGCUGCUGCCACUGCUGCUGCUUCAUCUUCCCCUGGUGCCGGCUCAUCUCCUCCUGCUGCUACAGCCGCUACAGCCGCUAAACCUGCUACAGCAGCGGCAGCGCCUGCGCCAGCAGUGUCCUUCUCUGCGCCCUUCUCAGCGUCAGCCAGUCCCUUCGCGUUCUCGGCUGCACCAUCCGCGGCCCCCGCAUUUGGAUUCUCAGCAGCAGCACCGCUCGCACCCAUCACUGUCGGUGGGGCAGCCAAAGAAGAGGAGGAGGAGGAAGAAGAGCAGGGACCUGGGAGUCCGUCAGUGAAGAGAGCGGAGGAGAGUGGGGUGGACAUAGUGCACGAGGCACGCGCUAAGAUAUACGUGCAGAAGGCCAAGGGCGAGGACGGCCCGGCAUGGAAGGACAAGGGCAGCGGCGCAGUGAUUGUGAAGCUGCACAAGGGAGGGGCGUCCCUGCGCGCCUCUGUGCUGUUCCGGAAUGAUGUGGGCAAGGUGAUGCUGAACGCACCUCUCUACAAGGGCAUAACCAUCAUGCUCAAGAAGAACAACAUCACCGCCGUGCUGCAGUCAUGUCAAGAUGACACUGCUCCUGCCGGCACCACGCUUGACAAGUCCCCGAGGCCCGUGACCUUCAAGCUUGCGUCGGUGAAGGCAGCAGAAGACUUGCAAGACGGAUUCCUCUCCGCAGUCAGCUCAUCCAGCCAAAGCCUACUCUCAGCCAUGGCUGCCUUCGCUGUCUGCUCUGCCUCCGUGGUGGCUCCCACCAGCCUCUUGGCUAACAAGAGCGUUGCGUCGAGCAAGGUGUCCGCCACCCCCAUGCUCGUCAGCAACAAGAGCCGCGUUGUGAUGAGCGCGAAGAAGGAGCAGAACAUCGCUCUCCCCGUCACCGCUGCUCUGAUCGCUGCUGCCGUCAUCCCCGAGAUUGCUGAGGCUGCCCAGCCCGGCGUGUCCCCCUCACUGCAGAACCUGAUCAACAGCGUGAUUGCUGGCGGUGUUGUCCUGGGAGGCAUUGCCGUAGCUAUCGUUGGCGUGUCCACCUUCGACCCCGUCAAGAGAAAGUAA